AUGUUAGCAGCGUCUGAACCUGAUGCCGACUCAAAUGAAAAUUCUGUCAGUGCCACAGCGAGCGCCGUCCAGACUCGGGUCACUCGGUUUACAGCAUCCGUCUCGAAUGCAUCUGAUCAAACAGAGGCCAGCACCAUCAGGAGUCUGGCUCGAUCCACUGAUCGUGAGGCAACUAGGGCGCUUUCGCAACGCUCUGGUUCCUCAUCAUCGAGUGCCGUAGUUCUCGGAGCGGCAACAUGGUCCCCCGAUAAACGCCAUGAACGUACACUGAGCCUUGGUGCUCCUUCGACACCUCCCUCGUCGCCACAGCUUCGAUCAAAGCGUUCACAUCCUGGCUGGCGCUCACCGGAUGAGGCGGACUUUGCCCGGCUUCGAAAGGUGGCUAGUGUUGGAGAUGUCCCAACUUGCGAGCAGAUUCUAUUUUUCCGCAUUUAUCCCAAAGCCAUGGACGCACUGUUCACUCAGGACGAGGCGGCGAUGCAGUUUGUGUGCGAUCCGGCUGUGGCUGAGCCAGGCACACUCAGUGUUGUCCUGUCUGCUGCUUUAGGGUCUGGUAGUUUCAAGGACGCAUACGAAGGUUUCCUCACCCUUGUUCGACCAUCAACGUCUCCCACUGGGCUCGGAUCAACUGUGAAUCAACGCGUUGCGGCCAAACGGAUGAUCGAUACAAAGGCCAGUCGACGUGAUACAGUCGGAAUCAGACGGUUCAGUCCGGCAGUCGAACUUGAGCAGAGCAUUUGCGAAGGGAAUCUGCUGCUUUGGGCAACCUCACUGUUCGACCUCACAGAUACUUUCGUCCGUCAUCAGCUCAGUAAGCUCGGGGAGCCGCCCUCCAAUCUUGUCAUCCCGGACAUUCGAUUUGUCGAGGGCGGCGUUGCACAAGUCCACGACACUGUCACUGGUACCAAUGUUGUCCGGGCAUCAUCCCUGCGCCGUUCUUUCAUCAUUGAAGAACUGAUUCCCUCUCGCUUUGUCAAAUUUGUCCAUAAUCGCGCUGCUGUUCCUCAUUUAGAUCCUGAUCACCCGUCGUAUCACAUUGCGCUCUAUCUCUGUUUCACGCAGCACGUUCAGUACGUGUACACUGGACGGAGCAUGUUCUUGUCGGACUAUCAAGGCUCUGAAUCCCUUCUCACGGACCCUCAGAUCAUGACCACUCCCGAGAUUGCCAAACAGCGUGGAACUCCAAUGUUUGGCGGUGGCAACGUCAGUGAGCUCUUCAACGUGUUUUGUAACCAACACGUGUGCUCCGAUUAUUGCCGGUUCUUCGGUCUCAAACCCCUUGCUCAAGUCCCUGUUUAA